AGGCACGCCCGCAUGUCCAUCCUGGGAGUAGCUCGUCGAAACCCUUCUCAACAAUCCCAAUGGAGUCCACGGCACGCCUCGAAGCCGGCAGCUGUGUCGUCAAAAGGAAGGAGAGCAAGCGGAUACUUCAGCAUUCGUACGCUAUGCCAGCUUAUUGAUGCUACACAGAUUGCCGAUGCGAUGCGCUUUUGGCAUUGUUCGGAUGGGGCUCAACGAGAAAAGCCUUGUCUAUUGUCCCAGCAAAGGCAAACUUGGUAUCGAGAUCAGUAUGAUUCUCAUCCUCCGCGGGCCUUUACGAGCCAAAUGGCUGUCUCGGGUGCGAACUUGGAUGCAUUUUAAAAAUCCCACAGGUCUGUUCUCCACGUGUAUCAGAGCGUUGUGCAUCCCCCGAAGUGGCCGGACAUUGCUAAUUAGGAAGAAGCUCCCUUGACAGCCAAGCUAGCGCAUAUUCCGGUGUUGUGGGUUGGAAUUCGUUUUGAACAAGAACGUUGGCCAACGAGACUCGUAUUCACCGAGGCAUCAGUAACAAAAGCACUGCCGCUCUAUGCCUCUUCGAGCCUCAAACAGAGAGUCGAGAGGCCGUUACAAAGGGUUGCUGAUCCGACUCUUUGCACUUCUCAAACUCGCGGGCUUGCUGUCGACACCUCAUGUGUCUGAUGUGGGUCACGACAUUCUGGCAAUCGCCAGGCGACAUCCCCACUCAUUCACGCAAUAUCAAGUUGACGGUGAGCGCGGCCAUCGCCAGUCGGAAAAACGAUCCUUCAUUCCGAUUAGUCUAGUGGUUAGGAUAUCGGCUUGUCAUCGCUCUUCAAGGC